AUGUGGGUUAAACCUCAAGAAGUGUUUCAGAGCGCAUUAUGGGACUGUGACGAAACUACUUUAUAUUUCGUUCUGCAAAGGCGAAAAGGACAUGGCAAAUCUAAAGGUUUAUCUUCUAUAAUUGUGGGUACCCUGGACAGUGUGAGGGAUACAAAACCAGCACCCUUCAGAAUACUACAUCAGACACCCAAUUCAGAAAUUUAUUAUGUUAUCGCAACCGCAUUAACUGAGCAUGAAAUACGAGAAGACUGGAAUUGGCUCUUCAAGAAUGUGAGUCCAACUUUGCAUUCAUUUGAUAGCGAGGAAGAAGUAACAGAGUUUGUGUGUUGUAAAAUAAAUUCUAUCAUUGCUACAGGCCAGGAAAGCAUAACUGAGGAUGAAGACACAGUUAAUUACAAAAAUGUGGAUUAUGACUUCCAUCAAAGAUUCAAUAUGCCGAAGGAUGAAAAGCUUGUUUGUUAUUACUCCUGCAGCUACUGGAAGGGUAAAAUGCCAAGACAAGGCUGGCUCUACCUAUCAGUUCAUUAUAUGUGCUUCUAUUCAUAUAUCUUUGGGCGAAACACAACAUUAAAAAUAAGAUGGGCUGAUGUGACCGAACUAGCGAAGACUAACAGUCUCCUUUUUCCCGAUUCUAUCAAAGUUGUGACAAGGGACGGAGAACACUACUUCACGAUGCUGCUGAAGAAGAACGAAACGUUUGCUCUUAUGCAGCAAUUGGCGAAUAUAGCUAUGAAACAACUAAUUGAUGACAAAUCGGGCACCUUCAAUACAGAUAAAGAGCUGCUAACUAAACUCAGUAAGAAUGUUCCUAAGAAACCGUCCUUCCUUAAACGGGAUUUAGACGCGAAGAAGCAGUCAAAUCUAUACACGUUGCGCUUUCGGUUACCGCACGCAGAGAAGUUGGAUGGUACAGAGGAAUGUACCCUCUGGACUCCGUACAAUAAAAGACACAAUUGGGGGAGGAUGUACUUGUCGCAGAAUUUCAUUUGUUUUGAUAGUCGGGUUUCUAAUUUGGUCCGUUUAAUAAUACCACUCCGGAAUGUAUAUCAAGUGGAGAAAGCUGAUUCCGGUGCCACAAGUAGUUCUUGGGGAGUCUGGAAAGAAUUCCUCGUUCACAAGAUAUCCGAACUUCUAGCAAAACUGCCUAAUGAUAUGUACAGGGAGAAAAGCGGGAAAGCUGUAGCCAGCAGUAGGGGGGAGGAAAGGGAGUGGACACCGCAGCCGCCUCUUAUGACCUUGUUCAAGACUCACCAGACCGCCAGCAUCAAACAGAUACAGCAGAAAAAGGAAAAACAAUGGGAAGAUCACAUGGCCGAAGUGGGUCGAGGUGUGAGUAUGUACCGAACAACCGAAGGCAGUGAAUUGGUUGUCAAAGGCAUACCGGAGUCUCUGCGAGGGGAACUGUGGAGUGUAUUCUCAGGAUCUAUUCUACAAAAGGUGCAAAGCAAAGGUCUAUACGAAAGGCUCGUUAAAGAGGCUUUGUCAUCCAAGAAUCAAGCUAAUGACGAGAUUGAGAGAGACCUGCAUAGGUCGCUACCGGAACAUCCCGCGUUUCAGAACGAUGUUGGAAUAUCGGCUCUACGUCGCGUUCUAUGCGCGUACGCACUGAAGAACCCCACAAUCGGAUACUGCCAGGCAAUGAACAUCGUGGCUUCGGUGCUGCUUAUUUACUGCCCAGAAGAGCAAGCGUUUUGGCUGUUAGCUACUAUUUGCGAGACCUUACUACCUGACUAUUAUAAUACGCGGGUAGUCGGUGCUUUAGUCGAUCAAGGUGUUCUAGAAGAAUUAACGAAGUCCCAGCUGCCAGACCUCCACGCGAAGUUGGAUGAACUGGGAAUGAUGAAAAUGAUCUCGCUGUCCUGGUUCCUUACGCUGUUUAUCAGUGUGAUGCCUUACGAGAGCGCUGUCAAUGUUAUGGAUUGCUUUUUCUAUGAUGGCGCUAAAGUUAUAUUUCAGGUAACUUUAACAAUAUUGGAUGUGAACAAAGACAAACUCCUCAAAUGCACAGAAGAUGGUCAGGCGAUGCAGAUUUUGAGUGAAUACUUGGAAGGUAUCUCCAACGAAGAAGCAAUGGCCCUGUCUACGGAACCGCGCACCGCUAAGAAGACAAUAAAGAUCCAAGACCUGGUCUACCAAUCGUAUCGGAUGUACGGCGCUAACGUGAGCAGCGAGUGCAUUGAGCAUUUGCGCUUGAAGCACAGAUUACGUGUCGUUCGCCAACUGGAAGACAGCUUAGAGAAGAACACGUUGCGAGCGUUGCAACAGGACAGACUCCUCGAGCCCAAUGAGUUGCAAGAAUUACUGAGCAUUAUCCGUGAAGAAUUAUUCUGGGCGAAGCGUGUGCCGUCUGAGCGGUUAGAGGCACCGUACGAGGCGUACAGGCUCGACUACGGACAAUUCAAGACGAUAUACACGGCUUUAUCUCCGUGGGCUAAGGGCGAUUAUGCUGAAGCAAUUACAGCGAGGAUAUUUAAAUUAAUGGAUCAUGAUGACGAUGGGCUGGUCAGUGCGCGCGGUCUCAGCGUCGGCAUAGGUCUAAGCACCCGUGGCGACGCUCAGAUGAGGUUGCGCGCGUUAUACUGUGCGCACGCGCCGCCGCUUCUAUCACCUCUCGAAUUGAGACCGACGCACUUCACCGAAACGGGAGAGGAACUAGCUACUGACGCUAUAUCAUUUUUUGACAGCAUAGAGCCUGCAUCGUCGCCAGAUCCCAGCCUUCAGCGAUCAAUCAGUGAAGUGUGCAGCGAAGGAAACCAAAUGGACAAGUCUACUGAUAGCGCGUAUAGUCAGGCUGAAUCGUCUCAGGCGGUUGACAGCGUCCGCGCAUGCGCCCUCCUGGGUUUACCGUCGCCAGGUGCUUCGACCCCUGGAACUCCGCCCCCUCCUCGCACCGCCCCAGCUUUACCUCGUCCGCACUUUUUGCUCUUACUCGCCGCUCUACAUGAUCUUACACAACAUUCGACACCGCUCUACGAGGCUGUCGCUCGAGCAGGUACUGUACUUCUUCAACUUGGUGAAUUGAGGCACAGACCGAACUUGGGCCGAGAAAUAUCUCAAGACAGCUUAUAUCUAGCCGCCGCUGCGCAGCCGUCCGCUAUAGAGUUGGACCCGAACGGCAAUACAACGGAACAGGAACCAGGCCGUCCACAGCCCUCGCCAUCUAGGGACAGCGAUCGAGAUCCAACAGACGACUGGUCUAUCACCCUAGAGCAGUUCCUAGCGACGAUGCUGACUGAGGCUACCCUAGAAGAGUUCUUCAACAAGCAAGUGUCCAUUUUGCCCCAGCUGGAGGCACUAAGACAGCGUGACCGUCUGCAUUCUGUCUCGUAA